AUGAGCAAAGAUCGAGGCACAGGCGGCUCUGAAAUUGGCCAGACUUCAACAAUGAGGAAAAAAAAAGAAUUCGAAAUUGAGUUUUACUUCGUGAUGCAUCAACUUGAGAGACAAGUUAUUGAUGCUGAACGUCAAGCAGAAAAAGCUUUCCAGCAGGUACAAGUUAUGGAAGAGAAAUUAAAAGCAGCUAAUAUUCAAACCAGUGAAUCAGAGACGAGGUUAUAUAAAAAAUGUCAAGAUCUGGAGUCUCUAAUACAGGAAAAAGAUGACAUCAUUCAAAACUUGGAACUGCAACUAGAAGAGCAGAAACAAAUAAGAAUACAGGAAGCUAAAAUAAUAGAAGAGAAAGCAGCUAAGAUCAAAGAAUGGGUAACAGUGAAGUUAAAUGAGCUGGAAUUGGAGAAUCAGAAUCUUCGUUUGAUCAACCAAAACCAAACUGAAGAGAUAAGAACAAUACAGUCAAAACUACAAGAAGUUCAAGGGAAGAAGUCAUCCACUGUCUCUACCCCAAAGCUUUCAGAAGGCCAGCGCCUGAGCAGUUUGACCUUUGGGUGCUUUUUAUCCCGAGCAAGGACUCCUCCUCAAGUAGUAAAAUCUGAGGAAAUGAGCAAGAUAUCAUCUAAAGAAUCUGACUUCACUGAAGGAAAACAUAUAGAAGAAAUGGAAAUUCCAGAAAAGUCUGUUGAUGACCAAGAUCAAGAAAACAACAGAGGCCAGAGAACAUGGCAUCACACCCCUUGUGGCUCAGAACAGAACCAGAAAACAAGAACAAGCUUUGCAGCAGGUGGUGGCAUAUCCCAGAAUUCUGCGGCUCCAGCGAGUGACUGGAGCUCUGAUGAGGAAGACAGCAGCAAAGGAAGACCCAAGUCCAGGUGCACGUCCACCCUUUCCAGUCACACAUCGGAGGAGGGGGUCCAGUGUAGCAGAAUGGGCAGUGAAACGUAUCUAACAGCAUCUGAUGACAGCAGUUCUGUAUUUGAAGAAGAGACUUUUGGCAUAAAGAGACCAGAACACAAGAAGCUGUACUCUUGGCAACAGGAGGCACAGUGGAAAGCUCAGAAUAAUCUUCUCGGAAAGGGAAAUUCUGAAUCAAGUAAAAAGGAGCAAGAUAGUUCCUCGGAUGAACUGAAUAAAAAAUUUCAGUCUCAGAGACUGGAUUACUCAUCUUCAUCAAGUGAGGCAAACACCCCAAGCCCUAUUUUGACCCCAGCUUUAACUCCAAAGCAUCCUAACUCACUCCCUGGAAAAGGAACACAAUUAGUGCCUUCAUCGAACCUGCCACCCCCAAAGUUGAGGAUUCCUAAUGUUUUCAGUAUAAGUGUAGCCCUUGCCAAAAGGCACUUGAGCCAGCCACAGUUAAGUUCCGACAGGAUGUUUGGUACAAACAGAAAUGCUAUAAGCAUGAUCCGACCACUGAGACCGCAGGAAACUGAUCUUGAUCUAGUUGAUGGGGACAGUACAGAAAUUUUAGAGAAUAUGGACACAAGUUGUGAUGAUGGAUUAUUUUCCUGCGACUCCCUGGAAUCUCCAUAUGCAGAUGACCAGGAAACCUGUGAGUUGACAAGGAAGGCAGCAUGCGGCAAGCCUCCAACUCCUCCCCUGCACCGCUUUCCCUCCUGGGUAAUUAUAUUGCUGUGUGCAACGUGUACACAGUAG